AUGAACCCCACUGAUAAGAGCUACAACAAUACCGGUGGUGACAAGUUUGUGGCCACCACCGGCGGCAGAAAUAUCCCAAAGCAAAUACACAUUGCUCACAGGAGGUCUGCCAGUGAGUUGACCAACCUUAUGAUAGAGCAAUUCACUCUCCAAAGACAGCUGGAAAUUGUCCAGGCCCAGCAACAGCAGCUGAUCGCACAACAACAGCAGAUGGCACAGCAGAGUGGCCAAUACCCGGGGCCAGGCUUGCCGGGAUCAAACCCAGUGAAUUCUUUCCUCCCUCACCCUCCCCAUCCCAUGUACAGCAACAACUCUACUCCGUCAUCGCUGAACAUGAACAACAGGAGCAGAUCGCACUCCAGAAAUAAUUCGGGCUACUACAACAACACUGAUCUUGCUCCUCCCUCAGGCGGGCAUCGUAAAACGGGAUCUCAAUCCGGUGUUUACGGGCAUAACAGAAGACACUCACUGGGACUCAGCGAAGCCAAAAAAGCAGCCGCUGAAGAACAGGCUAAGAGGGCCAGCAGCGGUGUUUCCAUUAAGAUUGAUGACGCAGAGUCCCCAGAGCCUUCCAGGAAUGUAAAAUUUGAGGCCGCAGAACAAUCGGGCUUCAAAUUUCCGCCAUCCCCGAUUGAAUCGUCAAAGGGAACUACCCCUAACGCUUCAAAAAACUCAAACAUGUCUCCUCAGAAGUCCUUUGAAUUUCCCGCAAACAAAGAGAACCGUGAUGAUUUCACUCCCGUCAACACCCCUCACAGGAGCACCAAUAACAGAAACAAAGAAAACGCGGGCAUAAACUCCAAUUGGCGUGUGCAACAGCACACAUUCACUGCCAGCAACGCGCAGCAGCAGCAGCCUCAGCUACCUCAACAACACAAGAAAAGUCAAUCUAGGGAGUUUGCAAGUUUUGGUGCUUUGGAACCUCCUGCAGUGUUUCAACCGGGCCAUAGAUCAAGAAACUCAAAUUUAUCGACCCACAGCUUCGGAUCAAACAACAAUGGUGGUAACCAAAACGGUCGUAAGUCUCUGUUUGCUCCUUAUCUUCCUCAAGCCAACAUCCCGGAACUCAUCGCAGAAGGUAGACUGGUCUGUGGUAUUUUGAGAGUAAACAAGAAAAACAGAUCAGACGCAUGGGUAUCUACCGACGGCGUGCUUGACGCUGAUGUCUACAUUUGCGGUUCCAAAGACCGCAACAGAGCCUUAGAAGGGGAUUUAGUCGCUGUCGAGCUUUUGAUGGUUGACGACGUGUGGGGCUCGAAAAAGGAAAAGGAAGAGAAAAAGAGAAGAAAAGAUGCUAGCAGUCAGCAGGAUAUCCCACUGAAUAGUAACGAUGAUUAUCACAACGACGCAUCUUCACGGACAGUGCCUGCUUCGUCAUCGUCCACCUCUCUCAACUCUACAGAAAAGGCCGACCAAACUUCUCCAUCCAAGCCUGGUAGCAUUAAGAGGAAGGGCUCCUUGAAGCAGCGUCCUACGCAGAAGAAAAAUGACGACGUCGAAGUCGAAGGACAAUCUCUGCUACUUGUUGAAGAAGAAGAAAUCAGCGACAGCUACAAACCAUUUUACGCUGGUCACGUUGUUGCGGUUCUGGAUCGUAUUCCUGGACAGCUGUUUAGCGGUACUCUAGGCUUGUUGAGACCUUCACAACAAGCAAACAGCGAUGCCAACAAGCCAAACAAACCUAAGAUUGUCUGGUUCAAACCGACCGACAAAAAGGUACCAUUAAUCGCCAUUCCAACUGAACAGGCCCCCAAAGAUUUUGUCGAAAACGCUGACAAGUACUCUAGCAAACUCUUUGUUGCCUCUAUAAAACGUUGGCCUAUUACAUCUCUGCAUCCAUUUGGUACUCUUGUCUCUCAGCUAGGAGAGAUCAACGAGCCAGAAACUGAAAUCGAUGCAAUUCUGCGCGAUAACAACUUUCUGUCCGAUGAGUAUUUGGAUCCACAAGAUCGCAGCAAGGAAAGAACCACUUUUCAACCCUCUCCUCUAUCAGAAGAGAAUAUUAGCGCGAGAAAAGUGUUCGAUAAUGUCAUGGCAAUUUACGAGACUGGGGCUCUCUCUGACUUGGCACUCCAUCUCGAAACUUUUGCUGAUGGAUCUUUCGAGAUUGGCUGUCACGUUCUUGAUGUGACGGCACACAUUGAGGAAGGUUCAUCUUUGGACAGAAGAGCCCGAAAGCGGUCUUCGAGCGUUUUCAUUCCUCAGAAAGUGGUUAACUUACUGCCUCAGACAAUAAAUGAUUCGUUAACCCUAAAAGUAGGAAGGACUUCUGCUACGCUUUCGGUGGUUUACGGAUUUAGCUCAAACUAUGAAAUUACCUCAACAUGGAUCGGCGAGAGCAUCAUAAACCCAGCAUCCACCAUCACCUUUGAGGAGCUGGACAAUCAGCUAGCUUCUAGCUCACCGUCCACAUUCGCCUUGACGACUCAAAGGGUAGCCACAGCCUUUUGCCGCAAGCGUCUUAACUCGAAAACAGCACAUCUUAGACCGGACCUUUCCUUGCUUGAAAGUUUAGAUGACGAGAAGGUAAAAGUCGACAUCAAUAUUUUCCAAGGUGAUAUGGCAACUUCAGUCGUAACGGAAAUCGAACGCCAAGUGAAUAGCACCGUUGCCGAGACUGUUCAUGAAAUUCUUGGAGAUUUAGCGUUUUUGAGGAGGCAAUCCAGGCCAAUUGCCACGAAGCUAGCUUCAUUCCAGAAAAAAGUCGCCAAGUUAGGCUUCGACGUGGAUGUCACUAGCUCUCAAAGUGUCUUAAACUCGAUCAUGGCUAUAAAAGACGAGAGUGCAAGGAUUGGCAUUGAAGUCCUGCUAUACAAGUGCUUAGGACGAGCGAAGUACUUUGUGGCUGGCAAAGUUGAUUCUGAUCAGUUUGAUCAUUUUGCUCUGAACCUGCCACUUUAUACUCAUUUCACAGCUCCUUUGAGAAGAUAUGCCGACCAUGUUGUCCACCGUCAACUUAAAUGCGUUCUGGGUGGCCUUCCAUACAAGGAAAAUGAUGACUCCUUGAAAAUCACAUCAGAAUACUGCAAUUUCAAGAAGGACUGCGCACACCAUGCUCAAGAACAAGCCAUCCACCUUCUCUUAUGCAAGACAAUCAACGAUAUGGGUAACGCAACAGGUCAAAUUUUGACCAUGGCUACAGUGCUGCAAGUUUAUGAAUCUGCGUUCGAUGUUCUUAUUCCCGAGUUUGGAAUCGAGAAAAGAGUGCAUGGCGAUCAGCUGCCGUUGAUCAAGGCCGAAUAUGAUGGCAAUGAGCGUGUUUUGGAAUUGUACUGGCAAGCAGGCGUUGAUAGCGCUACAUUUGUUCCUGCCGAUGAGAAGAACCCCAAGUCCUACCGCAACUCAAUCAGAAACAAAUUCAAGUCUGCGUCUAAUGAGAUCGCCACUGUUCAGUACCUGAAGAGUCAAGAAAAUCAAGGUUUCCUCACGGAAGAACUCGCCCGGCAAUUAAGCGAUCUCUAUAUCGCUCCCCCUUCUUUGAAGCUUCCUGUUAGCGACGAGAACGACAAUCCACUUCAGAGCUUUUUGUCAGAAGUCACGAUCAGACAAGAUAACGACAACAACAUUCAGGAAGUUAGAGAGCUACAACGUGUGCCGGUGUUACUACGUGCGGAAGUAGGAAUGGCGUUGCCCUGCUUGACUGUACGUGUGCUCAAUCCUUUCGGGUCCAGGAAGAAUUGA